GGGGCGGGUGUAACGACAAGCACGUUAGAGUGCAUUGUGUGUUGAGGCAGCUUGCAGCGGAGUAACAGUAAAUCAGACCGAGCAGCUCCUGAAGCUCCACCAGUGAAACUGUAAACCUUCUUGCUUGUAUUUUUGGCUGCUGACAGGACAGCACUGAGAUCACUGCGGUCGCCUUUUCUCGGCGAGACUCGAGAGUUGUUCGGCGACAACAACAACAACAGCAGUAGCUGGGUUAAGGACCGUUUUCCGCCUACUUUUCCUGCUAAUAUCUCAAUAUUAUAUCACACUGGAAAUGUCCGAAAAUAAGCCGAAUGACGAGCCGAAGUUAUCCACAACGGACAGGGUGGUGAAAUCUGUCCCCUUCCCGCCCAGUCACCGCCUGACAGCUAAGGAGGUAUUUGACAGCGAGGGUAAGCCCAAGGUGGAUGUGCUGAAGGCCCACCUGACCAAGGAGGGCCGCGUGGAGGAGGCGGUGGCCCUCAGGCUCAUCGGGGAGGGUGCGGCCAUCCUGCGGUCAGAGAAGAACCUGCUAGACAUCGAGGCCCCAGUGACAGUGUGCGGCGACAUCCACGGGCAGUUCUUUGACCUGAUGAAGCUCUUCGAAGUGGGAGGCUCGCCUGCAUCCACACGCUACCUUUUCCUGGGGGACUACGUCGACAGAGGGUAUUUCAGUAUUGAAUGUGUGCUGUACUUGUGGGCCUUAAAGAUCCUCUACCCCAAAACACUGUUCUUGCUGCGUGGGAACCAUGAAUGUAGACAUUUAACCGAGUAUUUCACAUUUAAGCAGGAAUGUAGAAUUAAGUAUUCAGAGAGGGUGUAUGACGCAUGUAUGGACGCCUUCGACUGCCUUCCCCUGGCUGCACUAAUGAACCAGCAGUUCCUGUGUGUACAUGGAGGACUUUCUCCAGAAAUCACAAAUCUUGACGACAUCAGGAAACUAGACAGAUUCAAAGAGCCCCCAGCGUACGGGCCAAUGUGUGAUCUGCUGUGGUCCGACCCCCUGGAGGACUUUGGCAAUGAGAAGAGCCAGGAGCAUUUCACACACAACACAGUGCGAGGCUGCUCCUACUUCUAUAGCUACCCUGCCGUUUGCGACUUCCUACAUCACAAUAAUUUAUUAUCUAUCAUCCGGGCCCAUGAAGCGCAGGAUGCCGGAUAUCGCAUGUACAGAAAGAGUCAGACCACUGGCUUCCCGUCCCUUAUCACCAUUUUCUCCGCUCCCAACUACCUUGACGUCUACAACAACAAAGCGGCGGUACUGAAAUACGAGAACAACGUGAUGAACAUCCGACAGUUCAACUGCUCGCCUCAUCCCUACUGGCUGCCCAACUUCAUGGAUGUUUUUACCUGGUCGCUACCAUUUGUUGGCGAGAAGGUGACCGAGAUGCUUGUCAAUGUCCUGAGCAUCUGCUCCAAUGACGAGUUGACGACCGAUGAGGAACUGGAUGGUGCCACGGCUUCUGCUCGGAAGGAGGUGAUCCGCAACAAGAUCCGCGCCAUCGGAAAGAUGGCCCGGGUAUUCUCUGUGCUCAGAGAGGAGAGUGAGAGCGUGCUGACGCUGAAGGGUCUCACCCCGACGGGCAUGCUACCAAGCGGCGUGCUGUCUGGCGGCAAAGAGAAGCUGCAGAACGCUACUAUUGAAGCUAUUGAGGCUGACGAAGCCAUUAAAGGCUUCUCGCCCCAGCACAAGAUCACCAGCUUCGAGGAGGCCAAGGGUCUGGACCGCAUCAACGAGAGGAUGCCGCCGCGCCGAGACGCCCUGCCCUCGGACGCCAGUCUCAACUCCCUCAACAAAGCGCUGUCCUCAGAGACCAACGGCACAGACAGCAAAGGAAGCACCAGCGGAGGAGGCAGCGGCGGUGGUGGAGGUAUCCAGUAGAUACCCCUCUCUACCCCCAACCCCCCAAAUACCAGGGUGUCGUGUCACAUGCUAGUCCUUGGAUAUGCCUUCAAAUGAUUAGUUCCUAGUCAAAUCUGCUAAGUUAUUGCUCAGCGCCAGGACACCCCUGUGUGCUUCAUCAUUGGACGCCACUCCAACAGUAUGUGAGGCAGAUGUUUGUUGCUUUUUUUUUUUCUUCUCCGACGACCCAUUUACAAUGUACCUUCUUACUAACUAUUAUACGUUUACAAAAACACAGCACUAAAAAAAAAAAAUUAAAAAAAGGACAGAACAUGAGAUGCCGUUUUUAAAAAUGUAAGGGUGUACAAACUAAGUGAGAACUAUUUAUUGAUAUUUUUUUUGCUACUCUUAUAUAUAAAACAGCUCUGAAAUGAAUUAGGCAGUCUUAAAAAAAAACAAAAACAAAAAGAAUGUUGCAAUGUUGUCGAAAUGCCAAAUAAUGGAACGUUUUAUGGUUUUGUACAUAUUAUGCUUACCUCAGGUUCUUUUUGGUGUGUGCUUUGACCUGAUUCUUUUUCUUUUUUCUGUAUAAUGGCUAAAUAACUCCAUGAUCUAUUUUCUUGAAUUUCAUAACUGGAAUUUACCUAUCAUUUGCAAAUAUGUUUAUUUUGUCUUUUUUUUUCCUUCAGAAAGUAAGGUUAGAUUUAUUAAGGCUUGCUGGAAAUGAGUGUUAAUUUUUCUCUUUUUAAGUAUUGCGAACAAAGUUUAAAAAAAAAAAAGUAGAAAACCUAUAUUGUGUAAAAAGAAAAAAGUGUCUGCCUAUGCAUGUUUUAUAAAAGUCAACAAAGGAAAGAGAAAAUCUGCAUAUCUUGGUUAAAACACUUGGGAGCCUGUUUUUGGAAUAUAUUGCGCUUUAGUGAACAUAUACUGGAAAACAUUUAGCUGCGUAUUUUCAAUGACCAUCCACAAAUGCUCUAUGCCUUCUUUUCUAAUGGAUCCACCAUGGACGACCUUGUUUUUUUUUAAGCGGCGCUUGUCAGUGCACACAGUCCAAUGAAGCAUGUUUGUGAGGUGUGUGGUUAACAAUGUGGAACUCCCAAAAUGCAUGAUUAGCUGUUUGUGUCAUAUAAACAAGGUAAACAAGAAGAAAGAAAAAAAAAGUUCAGUUUUGUACAUGUGCCACAGAACGUGUCAUUUGGUUCUCCUAUUAUUAUUAUUAUUGAUGAUGAUGAUGAUUAUUUGGAACUUUUCUUUGUAUAUCAGUUACAGGUUUGAUACUGCUCAAUACAAAAAAUAUGUUGAUUUUUUUUUAUUUUAAGAAACUGCUUAAGUGCCCAAGUAAUUCACUACACGACAUGAAGCCUUGCUUUUUGUAAUUUAACUUCAAAACUGUUGGCAGAUGAGGCAUGCACUUGCAACUAUGAAAAAUUAGUAUUUUAUAUAACUGUUGAAUAAAAAUGUGCAUGAAUUUACA